AUGCAGAGGCAGCUCGGAAUUCCUGAGCUUGGCAGGUCUGGAAAAGAGCUCCGUCAUUGCUACAAGAUCCAAGCAAUGGAGCACUCAACUGAAGAAAUCCGUUGGGUUCGGAGACAAGUCACAGUGUUUCAUUCUUUCGAUUCAGAGAACGGUCGAUGUUUUUGGCUUACCAUUAAGGCCGAUAACACAAUGAGGAAGCGGAUAGUACGGAAACAAAUUCAACUCGACAUGCUGCAACCGAAAGUUUUAGAAACGCUGGAAGGAUCUUUCAAAUCAACCCUAGCCACUCAUCUAUUUCACCUGGACUGGAGCUCCGAGGGCUGGAUGUGGUAUAUCGAUGAUAUCAGAUUUCGACUUCAAGGAAUAAUUGAUUCUGUGCAAGGAGAAAGGACAACUAACUUGGGCAUGGCGGCCCCCGGGUUGAAUUUAGCAUCAGAGACACAUGGAGACCCCAAUGCCACUAAAGGGCAGGCCCCUUUGCGACAGUCACCUGGGGUGCCAAACGCCAGCUCACUCUUCACCCAGCGUCCCGCCCAAACCUUGAGAAACACGUGGGCGGACUUAAAUGUCAAUAAUGAUCCUGCAUUGGCUUUCCGACCCACAAGACGAGACACCGACGUCGAGAUGAGGCGUUUGGCCGUUGAGGAUCAGAACUUGAAGGAAGAAGUGGAGCAGAUUUACAAUCUCCUCACCCCGUUCUAUGUAUCGGACAAGCGAAAACACUUUUCAUUCAUUUUCAGAGCUUCAGGAGACCAAGUUGAUGAUGAGGCUCAACAUCAGAGUACUGGCAAACCUACAAGGCACUAACUCAGACUUACUCGGAUGGGAGAAUUGCCCGGAAGCGAUAGCAAAAGAUUGCAAGAGCCAAGUUGCUCGCUUCCGUGGUUGCAUUCAAAACAUCAAGGGGACUCUCGACGUUCAAUGCAAAAGAGCGGAUACAUUGAUCGAACAGUUGCGUGAUAAUUUGAGCCGAGUAAGUGCAACCUAUCGAAGCCUGAACCUCCUAAUAUCAAUAUGUUUAUGCAGUAUGAAGUCAUCGCACAAUAUCGAACCUCACUUAUUAACAAGGCAUACUCUA